CUUGAGAUGUUUUGGUAGCAGACCAGUCAGCUCGCAGGCGAGGGCCAGGUGUGUGUGUUUGACGGCGUGAGUGCGUUGGAUGGGAAGUGAGCAUUUAAAGGCAAGGGUUUGCAGAUUUUUAGGGUGUGUAUCAUCUUCUUCUCGAGUUUAUGGUGUUUGCAAAGUUCCAGUGUCAGAUGAGAAUCUAACCGCAGAGGCGGACAGGUGUGUGUGGCCGCAGGGAACCUUUCGACAGUGCCGCGAACGCUCAGGAUGUCUAACUCCACAAUCAGCUUCUACGCCCUGUCGCAGUCUUUCAGCUUCUCAGACAUCAUUGUCAUUGCGACCUACUUUCUUCUCAACCUCGCUGUUGGCAUCUGGUCCUCAUGCAGGGUGAGCAGAAACACACUGAGUGGAUAUUUCUUGGCUGGGCGGGACAUGGCCUGGUGGCCGAUUGGAUCGUCUCUCUUUGCCAGUUCAGAGGGCUCGGGUCUGUUCAUCGGUCUGGCGGGGACGGGAGCUGCCGGAGGCAUCGCUGUCACCGGCUUUGAAUGGAAUGCCACCUAUGUGUUGCUGGCUCUAGCCUGGGUAUUUGUGCCUGUCUACAUCUCCUCAGGGAUCGUGACCAUGCCAGAGUAUCUGGGACGCCGUUUUGGAGGAGAGAGGAUCAGAACCUACCUGGCUGUCCUCUCGCUGAUGUUGUCCGUCUUCACAAAGAUUUCAACUGACCUGUACUCUGGAGCCUUGUUUGUUCAGGUGUGUCUGGGAUGGAACCUGUACCUGUCUACUGUCCUCAUGCUGGUGGUCACUGCGCUCUACACCAUUGCAGGUGGUCUUGCUGCUGUCAUUUACACAGACACCCUCCAGACGUUUAUCAUGCUCGUUGGUGCAAUUAUCCUGACAGUUACUGCUUUCAAUGAGAUUGGUGGCUACAGCAAGCUGGCCGAGCGGUACAGCAGAGCGAUACCCAGUAAAAUUAUUCCCAACAGUACCUGCCACCUGCCACGGCAGGACGCCAUGCACCUGUUCAGAGACGCCGUCACCGGAGACCUUCCCUGGCCCGGGAUGACUCUGGGGCUCACCAUACUGGCCACAUGGUACUGGUGCACUGACCAGGUUAUCGUACAAAGGUCCCUAUCUGCUAAGAACAUGAGUCAUGUGAAAGGAGCCUCCAUCUUUGCCGCCUAUCUAAAGAUGCUGCCCUUUAUCUUCAUCGUCCUCCCUGGCAUGAUCAGUCGAGCUCUCUACCCCGACUCUGUAGGCUGUGUGGAUCCAGAGGAGUGUGUGCGAGUGUGUGGAGCUGAGGUUGGAUGCUCCAACAUCGCUUUCCCCAAACUGGUCAUUGAACUCAUGCCAAGCGGCCUGCGGGGACUCAUGAUAGCUGUGAUGAUGGCCGCUCUGAUGUCUUCGCUGACCUCCAUCUUCAACAGCAGCUCCACGCUCUUUACCAUGGACAUUUGGAAGAAGCACCGGCCACGAGCCUCUGAGAGGGAGCUGCUGCUGGUUGGCAGGAUUGUGACCGUGAUUUUGGUGGUGGUGAGCGUGGUCUGGAUCCCCAUCCUCCAGUCAGCCAACAGCGGGCAGCUGUACGUUUACAUCCAGUCGGUGACGAGCUACCUCGCUCCACCCGUCACUGCCGUCUUCACUCUGGCCAUCUUCUGGAAGAGGACCAAUGAGCAGGGCGCCUUCUGGGGGCUGAUGGUGGGUUUGGUGGUCGGCGUGUGCAGGAUGGUGCUGGAGUUUGCCUUCCCUCCUCCCAGAUGUGGCGUUGAGGAUUCGGCACCUGCGGUGCUACGUGGUGUCCACUACCUCCACUUCGCCAUUCUGCUCUGCGGGCUCACGGCAAUUGUGGUUGCCGUUGUAUCGCUGCUUACACCACCGCCCACCCACGAACAGGUGUGUAACCUGACCUGGUGGACAAUAACUGAAGAGCCAAAAAGAGACAUUCCUCUGCAAAAAGUGUCCUCCAUCAGCCACCGUAGCUCCCAGGACUCUGAGCCAACACGGCGGGUGACGACAUGUGGUCAGAGGGCGGGAUUGUGUAUCUCAGCAGUACGGCGAUCAGAGGAGACUCCAGCUCCCAGAGUCCCCAGCAUUCGAGAGAGCGUUUUGUGGUCGAGGUUCUGCUGUUUCAACGCUCUCCUGCUGGUCAGCAUUAACAUUUUUCUCUAUGCAUACUUUGCCUGAGGUGAGGUCAGAUUUAACAUCUGGCCUCAGCUGAACUGUAGUCCCUCCAACACGAGCUGGAAAGUGAUUCCUCUAGAUCCAAGAAUGUGAAGAAACAAACAGAUUUUUGCUCAGAUUUCACUCGAAUCAUUAAGAAAUCGACUCACAGUGUAAAGCCGGUAGAUGCCGGUGGACAGCACAGCACACAUCUCCAUUAAAACAGAUAAAUUUAGAUUAUAAUCAUUAUAACAAUAAUGGGCAAAUGCCAGAAAAAAAUCUGCCGUGGAAAUAAAACGUUGAAGUGUGUGGAUUAUAACAAACCAACAUAAAUAAAAGGGCAUCAAACAUCACCUUUAAUUUAAAGCUUCACAAUAUGCAGUGAGAGCACAUCAGUGUGGUUUAGGCUCUGCAUGUGACAUAAUAUCGUUGCCUAGAAACGACAUGCUCAGUGUUGAUUAUUUAGUUAUGUUUAGAGCUUUGUGUGAAUGUUUGCACUAAAUGUUCUUUUGAUUUAUCAUUUUAUUUACAUGAUUUAUGAAUUUUAAUCAGAAUUUCUCACACAUGACCUAAAGCUGUUAUAUUGAAGUCUUUACCAAUGGAAGCAAUAGAACAGUGAGUGUAGCUCCAAAUGCAUCCCAAUGAAAAAUAAUGAGAAAUUUUAUGUUCAUUUUAUCAGUACUAAUAUUUCCAUGUGGUCCUGUAAUCUUUUUUCCAGGUGAUAUCAUGAUGUGUGCAUAAAAAGAUAAA